AAAAUAAAAUCAUGUGUCCACGGUCCACAAAAUAGUAUCAUUUUCAUGUUUAUUAUUUAUUUACUUCUAACAUCUGUAUAAACAGAGUACCAUGUAUAAUACGAAAUAUAAAACAAAUCAAAAGAUUUCUAUUUUAAUCUCAUAUUUAGGUGAAAAGUUUAAUUUAAAAAUAUUUCUAGAUAAAAAUGACUACAAAUUCACUUAUCCAAUUGCCGUUGGAGGUUUUAGCGAACAUAGUGAUACAUUUAGAAUUAAAUGAUAUUCGUAACCUAAUGCUAACAUGUAAGACUUUUCACGGCUUAAUAGUUAAUGAAAAUAUAUUCAUGAGACUAAUAUUUCGCAACAAAUUGGUUUUACAGAAUAGGGGCAGGCAACACAAUUCGUAUUCUUGGUAUAAUAGAUGUAGAAUAAGUCACAAUUGGCAAAAAGGAAUAUAUAGAAAUAAGGUACUUGUCCAACACAAUACAAAUUAUAUGCCAUGGUUGCAAUUUUUACAUUCUGAUACAUUAUACCUCUCGGUGGGUUCGGAAUUAAAAUGCUAUAGUCUCACCAGGAAAGGCUUAAUUCCUUGUAAUUUUUUGUGGUCAAUAACUGUUCCGACAGUUAGAAGGAAUGAUAUACGAACAAAUGACAUAUCAAGAUUUGUUGUUAGAGAUGGUGUCAUAGUGUGUGGCAAUAGAGAUGGAAAUGUUUCGGUGUACGAAUGGAACAAUGAUAGACAAAGACCGAACUUAAUAAGCCACAUAAAAAAUUGUCAUGAAAAUGGUAGCAUUGAAGUUUCAGCUGUUGAAAGAAUAUGCAACACCGUGGUGACAAUUUCACAAAAUAGCCCUCAUAUAUGUUAUUGGAACUAUGACGACUACAGAAGUCAUACAACUAAUAAAACACAUACAACUUUGUCUUCUCCAGACAGUAUGAAAACGAUUGAAAUAUCACACGCAAAAGGGUGCAGGUGUGUGGCUCUGAAUAAUUCGCAAGAUAAAUUAGCUAUAGGAUUGAACGGAAACAGCAAACCCAUUAUAGUUGAUGUCAAUAUGAGUACACCUUUAAUUUAUUCAGAAGAAACUGUGUGCUCGCAACAUUUAACCAGAGACAUACAAUGGCAUGAUGAUAACAGUGUUAUUUCCGUAUCACAUUCUGGGAAACUUCAAAUGAUAGAUGUUAGAAGUAAUGAUUUGGCUUAUGACGCUACAGAUCCUUUCCUAUCAUCGUUAUUUUGUGUGAAAACUGAUGGUAACCAUGCCGUGGUUGUUGGCUCAGCGGAAUAUUCUAGAUGUGUGCUAUUCGAUUUACGUUCCACACAUCAUGUUCAGAUGUUUUUCACACAGAAAAAGGCGUCUUGUGUAUAUAGCUUGGACUUUGAUUCUACGAGGUUGAUAGCAGCUGCCGACCGCGGUGUUGCUGCAUUGAACUUCAACGUUAAUCACCUUACCACUCAGGUGCGGGACUACUCUCAGACCUUCGAAGUUAUUCGUGGAUGAAAUAAAUGUCAUAUUAAAUUUU